GACACGAGCGAGAAGAAAACUACAUAUCGAUCGAACUGCCUGGAUUCCCAAGAAAACACUCGCAAACGAUCAUGUCAACCAAGCGACCCUCUGAAGCCGGCACCUUGAUUUCCAAGCGUCCCAAGUCCGAGGAACCCAACACCCAGCAAUUGGUCGUCAGCAGCGAUGGAACUGGGAAGGGUCAGCUCAUUCAAUCCGUCAAAAGGACGAGCGGGUUGGCGGCCCCUAUCAUGGUACUCAGUGGUCAUUCAGCAGAAGUAUUGGACGUGAAAUUCGAUCAAUCUGGUGAUCACCUGGCUUCGGCUUCUGCCGAUCGAACGAUUAAUCUAUGGUCGGUUUACGGGGAAGAGUGCCGGAACUAUGGUGUUUUAAAAGGCCCCAAAGGGGCGAUCCUAUCGAUAGACUUUUCGCCCAUACGUCCUUUGGAGCGUCUCUAUGCCGGCUCAGCCGACAAGACCCUGACCACGUUUGAUCUCAAGACUGGUCAAUCGGUUCGUCGACAUCGCGGCCAUGGGGCCUUACUCAACUCGAUCGCAGUUUCCGGAGCUAGUGGACAUGACUUAUUAGCAUCUGCCUCAGACGAUGGGACGGUGCGGAUAUGGCGCGAGGAUGACAAGGAGCCCCUGGAUUCCUUCGAACUUGGUUAUCCUCUGACCGCUGUCGAAUGGAGUGCCGAUGGUCAACAUAUCUUUGUCGGAGGGCUGGAUAAUGACAUUCACUGUUUCGAUCUCCGUAAGAAAGAGGUCUCUUGGAGCCUGCGAGCUCAUACAAAUACGAUUGCCGGACUCAAACUAAGUCCAGACGGAAGCUUCUUGCUGAGUGCCGGGUUCGACGACACUGUCCGAAUCUGGGACGUUCGGCCUUUUGCACCAGUUACCAGUACACAUGGCCCGAAUGCCCCUCGUCGUCUGGUGCAAACGCUGUUAGGAGCGCCAGCUGGGUUUGAUAACCAAUUACGGUCGCCUGCGUGGGAUGCUUCUGGCGAUAAAGUGGCAGUAGGAGCGGCUGAUCGGACAUUGUGCGUAUGGAAUGUGAACACUGGUAACAUCUUAUACAAAUUACCUGGCCAUAAAGGGACCGUCACCAGUUGUGCAUUCCAUCCAAAGGAACCGAUCAUUGCAAGCGGCGGAGUGGAUCGGCAGAUCUUUUUGGGUGAAAUCGAUCCUGCUGCCCGAUAAUUUAUCAAAACAAAAAAUGAAUGCCGGUUGUAAUCGACGUUUUUGUUAACCCGGAUGCGAGGUCAAGGGAAAUCAAAAGAACCCAGAGAGCGAUCAAUUCAUUGUUAUGUAUAGACAAGCAGCUCAAUUAACAUGAUCAAAUGCAAUCAUACUUCCUUACUGCCAGAUUAUUUGCUCAUAUCAGUUCAAACCAUGAUUUGGUCUAAAUCACCAAAUCGCGUUUCUCCACCCCUUCCCGAAUAACUCCCGGCUUUCACGCAACCAAACUUAUUCUCAGUCUAUGGAUCUCAUUCAAUCCUCCCUUAUGGAGUAGUUGAAUUAAUUGACCGUAGUGCUGAGAUGUUUUUUUUGGAAAAUUAUUCUUGUGCUGCAGCAUCGUUCAGUUUCAUGAGAUCUUUUAUCAAGGCAACCCAAUUUUAAGUGUCCGCAAGAUUACAUUGUCAAGUGUCUCACCUGGAAGCUUAGGCGAGAGGAAAACCCCUCUCUCCAUGUUAAUGUUUUUGCAAGAUUUUACGGCUUGCUUAUGUUUCUGUGUGGUAACUUAGGCUCAAUAAAACGGAUGUCAUAGCACUGAAG